CGGCGGCGGAGGAGGCGGUGGCGGCCGUGACGGCGGCGGCAGCGACGACGACGACGACGACGACAGCGGGUCUAGGGCGGGAGGAAUGAGGCGGCCGAGACGGGACAGCGGCAGAGCCGUGUAGCAGAGAAGCGGCUCCUUCCCCUCCUCCCUCCCGGCGCGCGCGCGUCUGGGACCAGCCCCCGGAGCGGCCUCUACCCCGACCGGCCCCGGCCUAGACUCAUAUCCCGGCAGCGGCGGCGGCUUCUCCUUACGCGCCCCAUCCCCUCCUGCCCUGACCCCGCGACCCCGGGCCCGGACAAUGAUGAAGCUCAAGUCGAACCAGACCCGGACCUACGACGGCGACGGCUACAAGAAGCGGGCCGCGUGUUUGUGCUUCCGCAACGAGAGAGAGGAGGAGGUGCUGCUGGUGAGCAGUAGUCGUCAUCCAGACAAAUGGAUUGUCCCAGGAGGAGGCAUGGAGCCUGAAGAGGAGCCAGGUGUGGCUGCUGUUCGGGAAGUGUGUGAAGAGGCUGGAGUGAAAGGGACAUUGGGAAGAUUGGUAGGCAUUUUUGAGAACCAGGAAAGGAAGCACAGAACCUAUGUCUUUGUGCUUAUUGUCACAGAAGUGCUGGAAGACUGGGAGGACUCAGUUAACAUUGGAAGGAAAAGGGAUUGGUUUAAAAUAGAAGAUGCCAUAAAAGUGCUGCAGAAUCACAAACCCGUGCAGGCCUCAUACUUUGAAACCUUGAGGCAAGGCUGCCUGGCAAACAACGGCACCGUGGUUAUGGGCACUACAUACUCGGUUACCAGUCAGAGCUCAGUGCCAGACAUUAGAUGACUGAAGACAUCUUCCCAAGAAGAACAGAAAUCAGAAAAUAGACUAAAAUCUGGAUCUCUCCCUCUCCCUGAUUCUUCUCUUUUUCCCCUCUCUUCACAUGCCUCCUCCUUCAAACAAGACAUGAGCAGCAGCCUGAAACAGAGGAAUUGUUCUUUGAUAAUGUUGCUGUUUGGUAUUAAGUGGAGCUUUUUUUCUUUUUCUAAAAAAUCCUCUUUUGGCGGCUAAGGGUGGGGUGGGUAUGUAUUUUGUAAAGUAUAUUUUGUGCAUGAUGUGUCCUUUCCCUUAGUACCACCUCUACCCUCUGAAGAGAGACGGGCAGCUUCUCCUCUGCUUUGCACUCUGAAGUGUUCCUAUGUGUCCAUUUCCCAUCCUGGCCAGACAUUUUCCUCUUUUUUAAACUAAAAGAUACUAAUGCAAGGCCAUCUUUUAACAGGAAUCUGUCCUGCAAUGUGCUGUUCAGACCUGCAGUUUGGUCAUGUUCAGCACACAGUGCAUUUAUAUACACAUUAUAUAUUGACAUAUAAUAUGUAAAUAAAUGAUUGUAGAAGGACACAUUUAAGAGUCUAAUUUUACAGAGUUUCUUUCACUUGCAAAUGCUUCAGAAGAGGAGAAGAGAGUUUAAGUAACCUGCUUAGUAGAGUUAAUCUUCAUUUUUUUUGACAGUCCUAGGCCAGUUUGCCUGUUUAUUCUUCAACUUUCUCACCUUUAGUCAUUUGUUAUGAUGACCUGGGUGAGGAAAGAGUUGGACAACCUUCAGACUGCCCUUGGUGCUCACAAGCUUCUGUCAUCUAAGUUGGCAUUGCUACUCUGUCCGAAGAAAACGUGAAGAACUCUUUACUUCUUUUACUUACCCAGGCAGGAGGAACAAGUAGCCCCAGUCUAGAUCCAGUGAAAGACUGAUAGAAUUGAAUCUCAACCUGCCCUGGUAACAAUGGAGAUUUGAACUAGAGCUCUUGGGAUUAAAAUCUCUAAAGAACUGGAAUAGCCAACGCCAAUUCUAUCCUGCCAGUUUGAAGUUCUUUCCAUAGCUCUACUUGUAAUUGAUGAUCUCUCUUUCUUUUUGUCCAUAUGCCUUAUCGUGCUGAACUGGAUAUCGUAUUUGUGCUAAAGCAUCUGACUGUGCUUCCCCAUUGUAGCCCGCACGUGUUCCUCCUCUUCUUUGCUAGGGCAACUGUAGUGUGUCCCCAAAAAGAAGCACGUGAGGGGAAAAUCCAUGUGCUCACUAUUGUGUUUUUGGCAUAGCAGCACUUAUAAUUUUACCAUGGAGCAUGCUCAGAAUAUUGAAUUGUCUCCUGCUGUGUGGAUAUGAAAGGUACAACUUCUACCCAGAAGUACUAGUGUAGAUAGAUGACUCUUAAUCAUUUAUUAGAAUAGCUACAUAAUGUAUUGGCACACUUUAAACUCUUUUGCUGGUUUAUUGAUGUUUCAUACUGUCUUUAUUUGCCAACUGUGUUGUUUAGUUGGGAAAUAAAAAGGAAUGGUUGUGAGUUUGGGGGAUGGGCGGGGGCAGGGCAUUAGUUAAUCCCUGGCUUGGGACAGGAGGUUGUUGCUAGGUUCUCAGUAGCAUCUCCUUUGUCAAAACAUAGCCAAGAUGUGAAAUUAAAUCUGCAGUACUCUUUUAUUUAAUAAUUCUAAUAAAUACUUAGACUUUCAAAAAGGUUUUUUUCUUCCCUCCCACUAAAAGAGGAACAAGUAAGUCUGGUAGACCUUUCAAUUUAGUGUCAGACUCUGGAGAAAGAAGAUAGCUGGUUUUAGAAGCUUUGAAGAUCACAGCAAAGCUAAGCUUUGAACUACAGGCCAAAAAGCAGUACUAGCAUUUUUGUCAGAAUACAGUAAUCCCAUACUAAUAAAGUAGUUUUAUAUUCAUGAUUCAGGAUUCCCAGUGGUUGGAAACAGAGCAUUACACUUUGAUUCUAAAUGUUGAACUCAGUUCUCCAUGUGACCAUUUAAAAAUGAACAUAUUAUCUCUUUCGAAGAAGCCCAUCUCCUACUUUUUUUUUUUUUUUUGGCGGGGCAAUGAGGGUUAAGUGACUUGCUUGGUCACACAGCUAGUAAGUGUCAAGUGUCUGAGUCUAGAUUUGAACUCAAGUCCUCCUGAAUCCAGGGCCAGUGCUUUAUCCACUGUACCACCUAGCUACGCCCCCCCACCCCCAUCUCCUACUUUAAAGCACUCCAAGGUCCUGCCCAAAAAAGCCAAGGAAAACAAAAUCAAACCAAGUCAUCCAAGAUCUAAGUGACAUCCCAGGAACACAGCCAACUACUGCUGUCUUCCGGAUCAGUGCUGUCUUUGCUCUAUAGAUUUGCUGUUUUGAAAAUGAUGUGCAGGAAAACAGCUGGUACUCCUGAAAGAGCCACUGAAGUUUUGAUAUCAAUAGCAUGCAGACCUUAAAAAAAAAAAAAAAGGCUUGUUUAACAACAUUUUGAAAAUUUUGUUACUGGGCUGCUAAAUUCAAAAUGGAAGGGCAGAAUAUUGUUAAUGACUGCUGAUGGCUUUUCUGUUUGGGUCAGGAAAACCAGUUAUGCCAAGGAAGUAUUUUAAUGUGUCAUGAAUCAAUGUUAUUAAUGCCCUUAGCUGGAGGGACUUAUUGAUAGACUCAACUAAAAAUGGAAGCUUUGUCCAAUACCCCUAUUUAAAAUUAGUGCAUUAUUGCACCAUAUUUCCAAUGAAUGAAGGUUUUGUUUUUCCUUUCUGUAUCACAAAUUCCAUUCCUGUCUUUUCUAGUAUGUAUUAGAGAUGUCUUGUGAUAGAAUAGUGGAUUGAUUUGAUAGAUGGAUGCAUUGACCUUUAACUUCCAUAGUCCCAUUUCCCCAAAGAAAACAAGAAACAAAAAGGUGCGUACAUAUAUGCAAACCAUUCACAUAUAUUGAAAAACAUACCCUUUUGAUUUUGCUCAUAUUUUAGGAGCCAUGUACAUUUUAUCUAUUAGUGAAUACCCACUACAAAAGAGUAGACAUGGUUGGCUCUUUUUUUUUUUUCUUUUAAAAAUUUUUUUAAAUUUAUGUUCCCUUUUUUCCCUUAAAAGGUUUAUAAAGAUUGCAGCCAUUUGGUAAAACUUCUGAUUGGGUCAUAGGCUGCAUUCAUUGGGUGCCAGUAGGACUAUCCUACCUUUCUUGGAGAGAAAAAAGAGAGAGGGAGUGUGUGUGAGUGAGUGAGUGAGUGAUAGGUCUAACAUGAAAGUAUAGUCAUUGAAUUCACUUUUCCAAAGCCUGCAAAUACCCUGGUGUCCGAAAGGUUCACUUAUUGUGGCCCUGUGAAGUCAGGGUUAACUGAAAUGGAUCGAAGGGAGAAACAGUAUAAACUUGAGACACAUCAGUUUUUCUAAGAUGACACAUCGUUUCAGAAGAGUUGCUCUGCACUAUUUCUGAAGUCAUGUCACAUGGGCUGCACAGCCCAGCAAUAGAAUUUUGCUCUCUGUGGUCUUGAUUCUCAACCCCAAGUACGGGGCUAGAAAACACCUUGGUGGAAGGAGCAUGAAUAUAAGGUACUUGAGAGGUAUGUUGCAGGAGCUUUGCUAUCCUGUUUCUACACAGUCAAGUUUCUCUGUAGUGAAGAAAAGUUUUCUCUUUUCAUUUUAGAAGUUGGUUAGUAGCCCAUGCUAGAAUCUUACUCCACAGAAAAAAAAAAUAUUUUGGUCUUUGUGAUUUAUAAGGAAGGGGGGGAAAGUUAUGGAAUGGAGACUUUCUUCCUCUGCUUUCCAUCCUCUGGGUAAAGUAGUUGCUCAAGGCUUCUUUCUAUGUUCUUAAAUAAAGGGCCAUGAAUAUGCACCUUUUAGACCCUAGUAUGAGUUCUGCUUUCUGUACUGAAAAAUUGAUGUGUCUCUAGAGGUCUGAAUAAGUUUCCCCCCACUUCCUUUUCCUUUAAAUUAGUUAUUCUGAGCCAUGUUUACUUUUUCAAUUAAUAAAGACUUCACAACCAUAAUGUGCUCCUUACCUAGCACUAUGGUAUUCCAAUACUUCUCUAGUGUUCUUGAAGCCUGAACUGAGAAUAUACUUAGUAUGUGCAAUAGAAAAUGUAGUGAUUUACAUAGUAACAAUUUUUCUCUGUAUGUGCACGUGUGUGUUUGUCAGGGGAGAGGGCUGAAGACAUAGAGAUGUGGUAUAAUCGGUAAUGUCCUUUGGUUUGGAUUCCAUCUGCUUUUCAGAAAAUAACCUGCAUCAAGAAAAUAAGCUGGAGUACAGGAUAAUUAACUCAAGCCAGCUGUAUUUGGGGAAUCUAGCUGUGAAGUAAUUUUUUUUCCCCAAGAUAACAGAAAUCAAGUAUUUUUUUUUUUUUUGCAAGGCACUGUGGGUUAAGUGACUUGCCCAGUGUCACACAGCUAGUAAGUGUCAAGUGUCUGAGGGCAGAUUUGAACUUAGGUCCUCCUGAAUCCAGGGCCGGUGCUUUAUCCACUGCGCCACCUAGCUGCCCCCAGAAAUCAAGUAUUUUGAUAUAGUCUCCCCCCAUUCCUCACCUCUCUCCCUCCCCUCUUUUUUUAAUCUCUAAAAAAGGCAAGGGACUGCUUGCAGUUCACAUAGUUUUGUUACACUGUCUAACCACAUUGACAUUCUGUUAAUGUAAACCACACAGGAAAUCAGGCUUGCCCCAGAGAAGCAUGUGAGACUUGGAAAUUGUGAAAGGGAAUAUCUUCCAAAGUUGGGCUCUUGUGCUCUCAGAUGAGCAGCAAGCAUAUGGACUGAGCUUCAUAAUGUAUAUGUGAAAGAACAGCUUAUUUCAAUGUGUGGUAAUGGAGAAGAAAUCCAAGGAAAAAUAUGGGUCUUGUUUGGCAGUGCUGACCUUGAAAUUAGAAGCUCUUGGAAUCCAGAGAGGCCUCUGAAUGUGUUCCCUUUUUCUGGGUGCCCCUUCUCACACAUCACCAAAAAUGGGAGGAUACUCUGGAAUUGGGGAAAAAAAUUGAGAGAAUGCUGAAUAUGAUGCAUGUGUGUACUGUAUUUAGAUGAGAAAAAAACUGUUGCUAGGUUAUUUCUAUCAAGUUCCAGUUGGUAGAAUCAGAUCUUUCAUUUCCUUCUGGAGACUGACAGCUUUUAAUUCUAUCUAAUUGGACUUUCAGUGGUGCUUAUUCAAUGUUUUCACAAAGGUUCACCAUUUUCUUUAGCCCAGGACCUUCCUGGAGAUGUUAGGAACUUGGACGUUUCACAUCUGGCAAAAUCAUGUGUUUCCCAUCGAGAAGGACCAAAUGCAAAACAUUAAUUGAUUCUAUCCAACUUUAAAGAAAAACCUUAGAAACUUUAGGGCCAUUUCAUUGGAAGCUCAACCUCUAUUGCAGAUAACCAUUUAGUUUUAAGGUUGGGGGCUACCAUUGAUAGCAUUAAUUUGAUUAGGGUUUCUGAAAAAUGGCAUUAUUGGCAUGGGGCAGGGUGGAGUGACUGAUCAAUAAUUCUAACUCAGAAAUCCACUAAUUGAUACUGGAGGGGAUUAUGCUAAAAAGAAAAUUUUUUAUUUAAAAAAAAGAUACCAUAAGUUACCUGUAUGAUGAAAUUCCUAGGCUACUGUCUAUCAGUAAUCAGAUCUUAGAUUUUUUUUUCUCUGAUUGUUUUCAACUUUAUGCUUUAAUUAGCUUUAAAUACAAAAGAGUAAGGUAGCUAUGAUUUCAUUUUGCUAAGCUUUCCAAAUAUCCUUUUUUUUUUUUUUGAGGUGGAUGGGGUUAAGUGACUUGCCCAAGAUCACACAGCUAGUAAGUGUCAAGUAUCUGAGGCCAGAUUUGAACUCAGGUCCUCCUGACUCCAGGGCCGGUGCUCUAUCCACUGUGCCACCCAGCUGCCCCCAAAUAUCCUUUUAAUACACUAAUCACAUCAAAUGCAGAAAGAAAACUAUCCAUUAAAAACAACAACAAAAUCUUUGGUUGGGGAGCAAAAAUAUCAGCACAAACUAUCUAAUGUGCUGAUUAGCCAUGACAUUUAUUCUGUUCAGAACAAUACUUGAGUAUAGCUAAGCACUUAUCUAGGUGUUGAAUUCCAGACUAGUUGAUCUGAUCAUAAUCUCUGUAUGUGCACCUAGAGCCAAGAAUGUUUAUCACAGCUUAAUAGUUUAACAUGUACUCAAAGGAUCAUUUAUUUGCCAGGUGUGUUUCUGGCAACAAUUAAAGAAGAAUUGGGCCAGGAAGGAAGAAUAUUUUGAGUCUCUACAAAAACUUCUGGAAUUUCUUUAAAGAGAACUAGUACGGGGACCUCAAACCACACUGUUUUAUGAAGUCUCUGUUACUCCUGGAACUCAAGAUAUGGUGACUUAACAAUUUAUCCAGUGACAUUGUCCAUAAACUUACACUGGAAAUAAUCCCCUUGAGAAUCUUCCUGAGCAAAGUAGCUUAGAGCAACUUUGCCUUAAUUGAAAAUGUUUGCCUAACAGGUCGAGUACUGAAAGGCUUUCUUUUGCAGGAGGUGUUGACUGAGGUCCAUGUAGUCCUGUCCAACUCGGUAUCCUACAACAGAGCUCUUUUAACUGUAUUCUCAUCGCUGAGUUGUGUGUUUACUUUCUGUUCAAAAGUAGAAAGCUGAUUUUUCUCUGUAUCCUGGGUGCCCCAGGAAUGUACAGUAUUAAGUGUGCUACAUUUUAUGGAAACCUUUGCUUAACAUGAGUGAUUGGGGUGGGGGUGGGGGGUUGGGGGACAAACAGUUGGGGUUGGUUUGGGAUAGGGGACAGCAAUUUAAGUCUUUCAGGACUAAAAAAAUCUAUGUUACCAUAGGAACUAAAAUUAAAUUGAACCAUUCUUAGAAGAUCCUUAGCAAAGAGCAGAGACUUGAAGCAAAAAUUAGAUCUGUGCUUCUGAAGCCCUGAGGAAAAUGCAAAUUGAGAUCAAGUUAUCUUGUCAUUGGGCAAGAAGCUAGUGUUCUCCCUGAGCUGGUACAUGAAUGACAAGGCCAAAGAAGGGAUGAGCAGCUGUCAGUUGGGAGAGAGAAUCCAACUUUUCUGCCUUGCUCCACAUAUCAGAUGGAGCCUCUUUUGCACAAAGGGUUUAUCAAGAUGACUAUUCCUCUCAGGUCUAAAGUUUAAUGUGAGAGCUUGCUUUUCCUGCUCCACUCAUAGACAGAAAAGGCCAUGUUGUCUUGGUCUGUGGAGUUUUAAAUCUUCAGAAUUUAUGUAAAUGUGUUAUGCUACACUAUGCUUAAUAUAAAAGGUUAGUUACAGCCCCAGUAGACUGUAGUAACUGCAUGGGAUUAUGUCAUUUAUUAGUAGAGAAGGGAAUUGAAACCCAUUUAAAAUGGAAAGGAUUUGAAUGUAGCUUUGUAAAGAAAUAUAUAAAGUCCAUUCUACAUGGUCUGAAAAUUUCACAGCUGGUUUGUAAAGAUCCGGACCCUCGAAUGUGUAUUUGAUGGGCCUAAUUUCUGGGAGAUUUGCUUGUUAAGGUUUGCUUUCUCUAAAGUGGGAGUAUUCAUAGGCUCUUUUCAGCUGGUUGAGUUGAACUCCUAAGGUUAUCACGGUUAGCAUGUCUUUAGAAAAAGAUGUCCUAGCUGUGUGUAUCAGAUUGUCUUUUGUUUGAGGAAGUGACUGAGAGUAUUUGAGGAUGUUAGGAACUGUUUUAAAACAAAAGUGAAGUGUGUUAAGCAAGAAUCUCACAUACUCAUGUGUAUCUGAGCUGUAAAAGUGGCAACAAAUGAGUAUCUUCAUGUGUUGCAAUUGCCAGCCAAUCCUUUAUUUCCAGCACAUUGUCUUCUGUCACCAAUUGGUGGCCUUUUGUAAAGGACAAGCAUGAAGUAUUGAAAGCCAAAAGUCAAGCUGCAUGGGUUUUACCAGUAAUGUGUGUUCUCUCCAAACAGGUUGCUGUCUCUGGAGUACUUUCUCUGCAGUAGAAUACUUGUCACUGUGGGUGAUACAAGUUGUCACUUACAGUAUAACACUAGUUUUUUUUUAGUUUUUUUAAAAGUGAAUUUAGAAAUGCCAAUCCCACUUUCCUCCAUUGCAGCAUUCCCUGUGAAAUGACCCAAUAUAAAAGCUAUAUGUUUCCUUCUUAGACAAAUAUAAACAAAUGUUUCCAGGAGAUCUCAAGUUGAGGCAAAGAAGCAAAAUGUAUUGAAUCUGGUUUUUUCCCCCCAUAAGGGCAAAAAAAAAAAAAAAAAGCCCUUCCAUGAUCCUUUCUCUGUCUAUCCCCAUAUUAACAAUGGGAUAAUAUGUACCAAAACCAGCCAAAAUCAAGUGAUUCCAAAACCAAAUUUCAGAACCCAAGGCUUCCUCAUCCAGAAACCAGCCCUCAAAGAUUUGAAGCUGGUAACAGAGCCAAUAUCUUAGGACUUUGUUGUUCAUCUCAGGCCAGGGGGGAAAAAAGGCUUUGGCAUUCUAAUGCAUUGCCCAUGACACAUUUUGGGACAAGAGGCGUAUCCCACUUCUGGUCUUGGGACAUAUCCAGCUAUCCUCAGGGCCAGAGAAUGCAAACACCUCUUUGCUGGGGUUGUGUGUUUUGCAUCUGUGAAAAGAACAGCUUAAAAUUUAUAGUCUCAAUUACCUUGAAAGAGGGACAUUGAACAAGUGAUCCUAAAGGAGAGCUCAUUGGACUGUGGAAGCAGAGGAACAACUGUAGGACUCAUCAGGGGCCAAAGGAUUAUGUUCCCUCCACCUCAUGCUUUUUAUUACUGAUUCUGGUUAUUGAAAUGUUGUGGUUUAAACUUUUUCAUUUUCUCCCAUCCCUCCCCGUGCACACUUUCCCAAAAUAACCUUCAUAACUUGUAAGUUAGGUAAGCUUUCUGGGGGGUCCAUUUCUCUUAGCUUGUCCUCCAUUUAUGGCAUUUUAACAUAGAGUUCCUAAGGAAGAUGAUUUAAUCUCCCUCCUGGAAUGGGAACAAUUCUGAAGCCUGUAAUAUGGAUGUGGAAGAAAAUUACAGGUUUUUCUUUUUCUUUUUUUCUUUUUUCAAGGUUUUUUCAGGCUUCAUUCCUCUUCUUCCUGUCCUCUUUCCCCCCUCUCCUAGGCUUGUCCUUUGCUGGCAGUAUUUGGGUUCAAUCCAAGGUGUAGAGAAAUAGGGAUGAAUAAGAAAGAUCAUGACAGUUUCAAGCUGUGAAUAGUACGUACACAAAUACACAUACACACACACACACACACACACACACACACACCUUUUCUGCGUAAGAUGAGGUAGGCAUGUUUAAUAAUCUUUUCAUAGUCUCAGCAAUAAAAAGUAAAACCAUCCCUCUCAUCUGUGGUCUAGAUAAAGCUUUGAUGCCGCCACUAAAAGUCUCCCACCCAUAUUUUUUUUUAAAUCCUGAUAUUAAUAUGUCUGAGUGUGCAGUUCCUUUAUAUGUUAAUCAAUUUCCUUCAAUUUGAGUUUUGUGUGAGGGAAAGGCAUUGGAAUUUGUAGGUUGUAAUUUCGUGCCAACAAAUAAACACUGGUAUUUCACAUACA